AUAAAAACCGAUUCUUGUGCAGUCUCUUCAACUUCUCCACCAUAUAUAGUUAACUAAGCAAACCAAAACAAAACCCUCUAUCUCUCCACCAUAUCUAUUUUAUACUAUGCUUUGACUCUAUCGUUUCUUCUGUCACAUAAAUCAUCAUCGAUCAAUCAAUGAGUGUAUAAUAUCAAAUUAAGUCAAUUAUUACAUACAUAUACUUAUAUAUAUAUAAAUUAGGUUUUGUAAUUUGUAUAGUUACUUUGAAUCGAUCUUUGUGAAAUUAAGAUCGGAGAUAAGAUCGGUGAUAAGAUCAGAUGGGCGGAGGUGGAGCAACAACUAACGCGGAGGCGCAGUAUACGACGGCGAAGAUAUCGGUAUGGUGGGAUAUAGAGAACUGUCAUGUUCCUAAAGGCUCCGAUCCACAUGCAAUUGCGCAGAAUAUCAGUUCAGCACUUGUUCGUAUGAACUAUUGUGGUCCCGUUUCCAUCUCCGCCUAUGGUGACACCACUCGUAUACCUGCUUCUGUACAGCACGCGCUUUCUAGCACCGGAAUUUCGCUUAAUCAUGUUCCCGCCGGUGUGAAAGAUGCAAGUGAUAAGAAGAUCCUUGUCGACAUGCUGUUCUGGGCAGUGGACAACCCUGCACCUGCGAAUUAUUUAUUGAUUUCGGGUGAUCGAGAUUUCUCUAAUGCCCUCCAUCAACUGCGAAUGAGGAGGUAUAAUAUUCUUCUCGCACAACCUCAAAAAGCAUCUGCACCACUAGUUGCAGCAGCUAAGAGUGUAUGGCUCUGGACUACUCUCUUAGCUGGAGGACCUCCACUAACCAGUGGUGAUACACAACAACUCAGUAAUAGUAGCUUCUUACCGUCUUCUGAAACUCUACAAGUUCCUGUCUCAAAUGCUGCUCAGACACAGCAACAGGGGGGUCCCUAUUCUGAAAUUCAUGCUGGAAAUUCAAAUGUUCAAAACGGAGGAAGGGGAUUUGAUUCUAGAUAUCAGGGUAGACCAACUUGGAGAAACCCGAGUCAACCAAAUGGACCGAAAGCAAUGAAUCCACCCCCAGUUGGACUUCAAGAUAACCGUAAUAAUGUAAACAAUUAUCGACCUGGCAACUAUAAUCCAAAUGUUUCUCAAAGUGGAUCAACCGCAAACUUUGAGCGCGCCAAUUCUGAUCCAUUAUGGAGCAAUAAUGGUAAUCAACAAGGAAAUCAUCAAAAUCAACAGGGAAAUCAUCAAAAUCAACAGGGGAAUCAUCAAAAUCCAUAUUCCCAGCCAUUAAGACCAAACGGUUUUCCAUUGCAACCUCCUUUUGCACCUAGUAAUUCAUAUUCUCCAAAUUCCCAUACUUUUGCAACUACACCGGUGCCACCUAGGACUGUUGGAAACAAUUUCAGUACAGGAUCACCUAGAACUGUGCCAGAUAUUGGCAAUCUGAACAUAUCUGGUUAUCCCAAUAAUGGUCAUAACCCCCGCACUGUUCCGCAACGGAGUGGAGAUUUGAAACCGAAUCCUAAGAGUAGUGCUCCACUUCCGGUAAGAUCAACGAAUGAACAAAAUGGACAUAUGGUGCAUAGCAGUACCACACAAGGCUAUCCACAUGGUCCAGAAUAUCAACCUACACACUCGACAGCAAUGGGUAAUAAUAAACUUCCCUCUAAUGGUAAGUGGGGAUCUUCAGGUUGUCCUAAACCUUCUGAAUAUGUACAAGGCCUUAUAGGUGUUGUUUUACUUGCCCUGAACUCACUAAAAAAUGCCAAGAUGAUGCCAACUGAGAAGAAUAUAACUGAUAGCAUCCGUUAUGGAGAUCCCAAGCAUCGCAACACUGAUGUUAAGAAAGCUCUGGAGAGUGCUAUGGAGCAGCAGAUGGUGGUAAAACAAAAUUUAGGUGCUUUAACGCUGUAUGUUGGUAAGAAUGACAAACUCUGGAAGUGUGUAAAUCCCUUAGGUGGAAAUCCUAAACAGCACUCCAAAGAAAUUUGGGACGAAAUUCAAAAUUUUCUAACAACCCCUGCUGGUAGAUCGGCAAUAAUGGAUACACAGUGCAAGUAUGAAGCAGGUAUUGUGAUAAAGAGCAUGUGUUUUAAAGAUCUUGCUUUGGGCGAUGUCCUUCAGAUAUUGAACAUGGUGAUAACCCAUAAAAAAUGGAUAGUUCAUCAGCAGUCUGGCUGGCAACCACUCAUCCUUACUCUUCCCGAGUCAAACCCCGAUUCAGGGGUCACCUCUGACGCAUAGCAGCACCCUGAUUAUGGUAAUGGAAACUUGAAAGGCAGCCAGAGAAAACUCAUAAAAGUAAUUGAAUAUAUCACCAGCCAGUUGGACCAGUAAUUAUUCGAAUGAUUCUCGUUUUUCUCGUAUGAAUCAAACCAUAGGUAGUAAUGUUGAACUCUAGUAUUCAAGUAUAACAAGUAUCUUUUUUGGUUAUUUCAAUGCCUUCAAUUCGUCGUCGGAGAUAAAUGAAAACAGAAAAAUGAAAGCAGCGUUUUGACGAUACCCGAAAAAUACCAAAUACUACAGUUUGGUAUGGUUGCUGAGGUUUCUACUAUGCCCCGUUAUACAUCACAGUGGAUCUAUCUUGGAAUUAGUUUGCCUUCCUGUGUCUUAAGCUUCUGCUCAAUUUCAGUCUUCCUACAAAUAUACAUUUUGCUUGGGGAGUUCUUCCUUAUUAGACUGAACUACUUGGAUCCGUUUUAGUGAUAUAUUUGAUAUAUGUCGAGAUAUUUGCCAAAUGUGUUUUCCCGAAUUUGUUAUGGACCUUCAAUCUAUCUUGGUGACCAACCUUGGAGCUGUUUGUUUAACAUUUAAGUGAUCUACCAAGUCAGAUUUUUCAGGGUGUAUUGUAAAAUGGAAGUCCAGAAUUUGUUCAUUUGACACUGUCUUCGAAGUUUCAAAUGUUGCAGGAAGGUUAAUUACUGAAAAGAGAACACUUAAAAUUGCACAAGAUUGGAACUGCACUCGAACUUCUGCAUCAAACUCUUAAUUUGCUAUCUGAACACAAUUACAAGGUAUGUUUAUUAUGAUGGAAUUUGAUUAUGAGAAAUCACGUUAUUGAGUUUUCAACAUGAUUCAAAAUGGUGAAAUAGCGCAUCCCGUUGCAUUUCUUGUUGCUGAUGGUACCUACAGAGUUAUGAUGUUGAAUUAUUAUCCGGAAAUACAGCUUUUGGAUGUCUGGCUCUAUAUACUCAAUUUGGUGAUUUAGUCGCAAAUUGGUCUCUGGUCUUUCUGCUUUCUAUUGCCUCUUAAUGUCAUGGUAGCUGCAUGUAUAAUCCGUAUUUAAAUUUACAUUUGUUUUGGAUUUAUAAAUAAGUUGUUUAAUGUUGUUUAUUUUCACCUUUUUUUGUAUUGGACAUAUCUUUUUAGAUGUACUCAGAACUGGAAUAGCGAUCAAUUUGUUUGAUCGGAUCAAUUAUCAAAACCUUGUCAUUAUCAGUUUUCACUUGUA